UCCGCCGGUUUCAAUGUUACCACACAUAUGAAGAAAGAAAUACUCUACAUUGUCGAACAUAUUUGAGCCGCAGGAUACAAAACAGAUCCAUCAUCUUCGCUCGCAGGCCAUCGCGUUCCUUCACCCAUCAUCUUCGCUGGCCAACUGCUGUUUUCUUCUUCGCUCAUCAGAAAUCACAUCCCAGUUGGCAACCUUUUCAUUCUCCAUCUUCAUCAUCUUCCUUCAUAAACAACUCUUCUCCCAUCAUUGGAAUCAACCAGAGCUCAACAGUACGGAAGCAAUUCUUCUCUCCAUUUGAAUUUGAAAAUUCAGAACUAUAGAAGAAAAACAAUGGAGCACCUAAACCCACUGUCAACCCUUCCAUCAGAGAUCAGCCGGGACAUAUUUUCAAGACUGGAAGGGAGGCAGCUGUUGAUAGCCCAAUGUGUGAGCAAAGAGUGGUACUCCUUCAUACAACACAUCAAGCUCUCCUACACCGGGCAGUCGCGAACUCUCCUCCUCACGCUUAGACCCUGCAGGGACGGAGAACAUUGGGAAGUGAGAUCAAUAAGCCCUGAUCUUAACAGCCAAAGACUGCCCGAUUUCACAUGCCAUCUUUCUCCGGUCAACCAUUAUGCUAAUGCUUAUAGCUCAAGAGUUUGGGGUUCUUGCAAUGGGUUUGUGCUGGUUGCAUAUGGAAAACACAUUCUGAUGUGGAACCCACUUAUCAGCUGGUCUACUAAAGUUCUGGAGCUGCAAAGCCUCCAUGGAUAUAUAGUGAUGGGAGGGCUUUGUUACAAUCCAUUCACGUCAGAUUACAAGGCUGUCUUAUUACUUAGAACUCCGGAAGAGGUCCAUGGUCAAUGUGUUAUUGUUUCUAGUCUGAAAAAUAAGGAGUGGACAGAAGUGUCCUUUCCAUAUCUCUAUAUGGCUUCCCGAGAUAGUGUCAACUUUAACAAUACACUCCAUUGGAUAGUAAGAUCUGAACAUGGGCAUAUCCAUGAUUUUUUUUAUGAUAUGAGAUGCUGCAAUAGCAUUGUUUACUUCGAUCCGGUUGAUGACACUUUCAAAAUGUUGCCCUCCCCUAAGCCGAUUAGUCCAGAAGAAGAAGACUCUGUAGUCGGUGCAGGAAUCAUAGAUGGAUGUUUCUGCAUGGCUCGGAAGGAUAGAAAGAGGCAAGUGAUCCAAGUUUCAGUUAUGAAAGAAUAUGGAAAAGCAGAGUCUUGGGUCACAUCCUUUUCCAUGUCCAUCUCGAGAUUUGCACCACAGGAUGCUUACGACCUCAGGUUUUUGUCUCAAAAUGGGAAUAAGGUACUGGUCACAUCUCGCAGUUAUGGGAGAACUUAUGUUUAUGUUGUUGAAGAAGACAAACUAGAACGAGUAGGUUUUGAUGGUGAUUGCAUAAUCAGUGCUUGUAUUUGUUUCUACGUUGGAUGUUUUGAUUUGCCACGUGAAGUUAGUUGGGGGUAUGAUGAUGAUGAGCACGAAUGUAGCAGGUUUUGCUUAUGAUUAUAAAAAUAUUUACUAUGGGGUUUAGUUAUCAAUAUGUCAGAUCAGAUAGCUGAUAACUAAUAGUCUGAUGAAGAGCAUAUAUAUAGAGCAUUUCUGGAUUUUUAUGAUGCAGUUAUAUAUAUUCAACCGGUGCUAUUUUAUCCUUUGGAAUGUCAUUUCAUACCUUUUCCCAUAGAAUGACUAUAUUUAGCCAUCUUUGGGGGUGUGGUACUCUGGUGUAUGAUCUUAAGGAGUUUUGAACUUAAGCCCCCUUUGGAAAUUCAGAAAGCAACUAGAAAGGAUAUGAAUCCUCAUGUAUGUAUGGAUUCAUCUUGCUUAUCUUCUUUGAGUUCAUACUCUUACUCUUGACUUUAUUAGUAAAAAAUAAUAAUGUGUGAAUGUGUUUAUUUCAGAGUAUCUUUUAUGAAUAAUAACGAUAUUAAAUAGGGUCCAUCAUAUGCCUUGUCCA